GAUCGCAUUUGUGACGGAAAUAGAGGGGCUGUGUGAAGUUAAGCAGGAACAGGAUGCACUGCUGCAAAUCAUUUCCAUAAAAUUAACUAUUAUACGCAAUGACCCACUUUAAGGCACUUUUGAUUCCGUACUCUGAUCAUCUUGACAGGAUUCAACAAGAAUAACGAUUUCAUAUUUAACAGAAGACAAUGUCACUUUUACACGACCACGACCAUGGAGAAGAGUGCAUGUACUCAUUCAGCGUGCCAAUCAACGUUGGUCAUCACGAGCCAGAUUGCCCAAGUUACUUUGCACAUCCUCACAUGCAUUGUGACUGUGAUGACGAUGAUGAAGAAAGCGGCGAUGAUGGAAGCUCAGUCUUGUCCGAUUGCGAAUGUGAGAAUUGCGAAUUAAAAGCAGCAAAUCGUAUCAUGCGCUUACAUUCUAAUCAAACGGGCAAAGGGAACGGACAGACAAAGAAACAAUUUGAAGCUUUGCAAAUAUCGAUCAAGAAAUUCAUCGAUGAAGAAUCAAAAAAGCAAGCAAAUCAGAACUCAGCAAUGGAUCAAGUCGCACGACAAGAGAGUAAUGUGAAAUUACUUGAAGCCAAAUUAAAAAGUCAAGAAUUGGAACUUUGCAUUCUCAGACUGAAUGCCAAGGAGAUCACAUUCAAUUCUCAGAUGAUCAAAAAUGCCAUGAGACUCAGCAGUGCAGGCUUUCCACAUAGACCAACUACAGAGUCUAUGAAGAAGAAUGAACAGGACACACGUACGGUGAACGUUUAAGCAUUGCUCAGCAAAGAGCAAAAUCGGUGCCAUUUUCAUUCUCGACAAGGUUUCUGUAGAACACUUUUCUCGAUUCGCAAUAUCCGUUCCUAUUUUCUAUUGUGGUUUGUAUAAUGUUCCUUUUGACUUCCCUCAAGCCUGUAGUAUAUUUGUCAAUUUCGUUUCAAUCUGAUAUCUUUACGCAAUCACCCA